AGUCCGUAGAGGAAUAUAUCUCAACAACAACAAAAAUUGAAAUAAUUAGUGGUGGGUGUGAUUUGUUUGUGGCGUGACGGCUGAAUUGAAGAUGACGGUUGGGGCUAUUGCUUCCACCAAAAUCAAGCAAUAGCAAACAGCUUGAACUCCAGCUCAAACCCUCAAUUUUUGACCUCACAACCUUCUCCAAGCUCUGUCUCUCUUUUUUUCUCUGUAUAUUUAACAUCGUUUGGUUUGGGUCAGCAGCGAUCGUAAUUAUAAAUUGGCGAGUUUAAAUAUCCGUAAGUGGGGUUAAUGGAAGUGCAGUUAGUUGGUCAGGGUUUUCGUUUUGAUUACGUCCGUAAAAGAAAGAAAUGGAUUUUCAUUCUGUGUGCUGUUGGGUUGGGUGGUUUCAGCGCUUACAAGCUCUUUCAUGCGCCUUCUGUUGUUCGUAAGAGAAAGAGGCUUUCGAAGCUUGCGGGUGCGUUGGUUUCCGUAGCGGAAGCCGUGUCCGAAUCUGCAGAUACCAUCGGAAUCGUAUCCAGAGACGUUAAAGAGUUUCUGCAGUCCGAUUCAGAUCAAAUCCCCAAUAGCCUGAAGCAGAUUUCCAAGAUUGCUCGCUCUCAACAAUUGUCGGAGUCCUUGGUUGGCGUCACCAGUGCUGUCACCGUCGGAGUCCUGCGCGGUUAUCAAUCUAUGAACCGGACUGGUGGUGAGCAAUCCGGUUCAACGGCCGUGGACCGGGUGCUUGACAAAAUGUUUACACCAGCUGGGUCAGGUUUUGCUUCGGUAGUUCUUGGAAGCUUUGCUAGGAACCUGGUUCUUGCGUUUUAUACGGAUCAACGUAACCACUUAGGUGGAGAGUCGAACUCCAGCAAUGAGACUAGUGGUGUCACACAUGUUGGGUCCAAUUCGGAUCCUGUUCUUGCUUGGGUGGAUGUAGUUUGUGGUGAUAAGUGUGGGGAAUUGAUUGGGAAUUGUGUGCAAUUGUUUGUGAGCACCGCGGUUGCGGUUUAUCUUGAUAAGACCAUGCAUAUCAACACCUAUGACGAUUUCUUUGCUGGCUUAACUAACCCGAAGCAUGAGACCAAUGUGAGGGAAAUCUUGGUUUCUGUUUGUAAUGGUGCCGUGGAGACUCUCAUCAAGACGUCUCACAAAGUGUUAACAAGUUCAAAUGCAGUUGUUGGUUCAGGUUCAGGUUCAUAUUUGGCUAUUGGAGAAACUUUGAUAAAUGAGGACUUGGGUGGAGAAAUGUCGUCCAUUGAGUCGAAGGCUGAUGAUGUUUAUGAUGAAGAAAAUAGGAGUGGCUGGGUGGGCAAAAUUUCGUCAACAUUGGCGGUUCCCAGUAAUAGGAGGCUUGUUCUUGACCUGACUGGAAGGGUGACGUUUGAGACUGUUAGGUCUUUCAUGGAGUUUGUUUUGCAGACAUUUUGUGCUUCUGUGAGGAGAUGUGCUCAUGUUGCUCAAGAGGCAGUGCUUGAGAUUGUGAGAUAUCUUGCAGCGAAGUCCUCCGUCAUUGUGACUAUAUGUCUCUCGUUGUAUCUGCACAUAAUGGGUGGAGGCUGGGCUUUGGUGCCUGCUUAAGUGCUGCUUCUUUGGGCUUGCAGCUUUGUCAUAAUCUCUAUAUACCAUACAUGGAUUAACUUUGUAAAUCUUAAUAUUAUAAAUGUACAGUGAUCAUAGAAGGUACGUUUUCUCUUAAAUUGUAAACUCAUGGGCCAACUCCACCGCUCUCUCAUAUAAAGCACUCAUCAACCAUUAAUACUAUUUGUUUUAGGUGUAUCAAUCAUGAUUAGAUCUAUUCUUGACUUGGAACUUAUUGUAAAUACAUCCUUCUGUAUAGUAUGAAGAUAUGAUAUUUUCUAUUA